AUGGCGCCAGCAGAGAAAAAGAAGGGUAUCCUGGAACGACUGAAUGCCGGCGAGGUGGUCAUUGGCGACGGCGGUUUCGUCUUCGCUCUGGAGAAGCGGGGAUACGUCAAGGCAGGGCCGUGGACGCCUGAAGCUGCCGCCGAGCACCCUGAAGCGGUGCGGCAGCUGCACAGGGAGUUCCUCAGGGCAGGAUCCAACGUCAUGCAGACGUUUACCUUCUAUGCCAGUGACGACAAGCUAGAGAAUAGAGGUCAUACUCAGCGCUUCACUGGGCAACAAAUCAACGAAGCGGCGUGCGACCUGGCGAGAGAGGUGGCCGACGAGGGCGACGCCCUAGUGGCGGGCGGCGUGUCCCAGACGCCUUCAUACCUCAGCUGCAAGAGCCAGGAUGACGUCAAGGCCAUCUUCAAGAAGCAGAUGGAGGUUUUCGUCAGCAAGAACGUCGACUUCCUGAUUGCAGAGUAUUUUGAGCACGUGGAGGAGGCGGAGUGGGCGGUGCAGGUCCUGAAAAGCUCAGGUAAGCCGGUGGCGGCCACGCUUUGCAUCGGAACCGAGGGGGACCUGAACGGCGUCAGCCCCGGAGACUGUGCCGUCCGUCUCGUCAAAGCUGGUGCAGAUAUCGUGGGCGUCAACUGCCACUUUGACCCCGACACCUGCGUGCGCACGGUGGCCAUGAUGAAGGCGGGCGUGGAGAAAGCCGGACUCAAGGCGCACUACAUGAGCCAGCCGCUCGCCUUCCACACGCCCGACUGCAACAAACAAGGAUUCAUCGACCUUCCAGAGUUCCCCUUCAGUCUGGAACCGAGAAUCCUGACGCGCUGGGACAUGCAUAAAUACGCCCGAGAAGCGUAUGCGGCCGGCAUCCGCUACAUCGGUGGCUGCUGCGGCUUCGAGCCCUACCACGUGCGCGCCCUGGCCGAAGAGCUGGCGCCCGAGCGAGGCUUCUUGCCGGCCGGCUCCGGCAAGCACGGCCUGUGGGGCGCCGGCCUGGAGAUGCACACCAAGCCCUGGUGCAGGGCCAGGGCCCGCCGAGAUUACUGGGAGAAGCUGAAGCCGGCGUCCGGGCGCCCACUUUGCCCCUCCAUGUCCACGCCGGACGGCUGGGGGGUCACCAAAGGUCACGCGGAUCUCAUGCAGCAGAAGGAGGCCACCACCAAGGAGCAACUCCAUGUUCUGUUCCAAAAGGCAGACAAAGGCCAGUGA